GCAGAAGUAUCUUAAAAACACUUUCCUCAUUACUUACAUUCUAUUUUCCUUUUUAAAAAGCCUCGGAAUAUUUUUCUCUGUGUAGCGAAGAACAAAGACGGUCUGUGUAUCCCAUCGCAGAACCAGUCCCUGACCACACCUCGCCUAUUAGUGCUUCAGUCAUCUGGCGUAUAUAUAUAUAUAGCCUCCCUGUGCCUGCCUCUUCAGAUUAACAGGAGGAUUCAGCCACGUCCAGAAGGCAUUCGUUCAAGACAAGCAUCGGAAACAGGCAGGAGAGGAACUUCAAACCUCAUUGUCCCAAUAAGAUCUGGCUGUUCCCAUGCAGUUUUCCUCACCGACUUGGAAAGCCAGAAUGAUGCAGGAAUCAUUCACUCUUCACUUUCUGAAAGUGCUGAAGGAACUCCUGGCUUUUGUGCUGUUCAGUUACACUGUCUUGUUUGGAGCGCUGCUGUUGGCUGGAUGGACCACUUACUUUCUGGUGCUGAAGUGACCGCUCACUCCGUUUUCACCUGCAGUUCAUUGAGUCUGGAUACCUCAGCCGGACAAAAUGCCCCUUUCUAUCCCAGAGUUUUUCCAGUCUUAAUUUUGUUUUGUGAUAAAUUACUUGCUUUUUAGAGAAAUGGCUUGGUUUUGAUCUAAUGUUUCCUUUUUAAAACAUAUUUCUCAAGCAUCAGCAUCUCAGUUACUGGUGCACUUAACCUCUCAAAUCCAUUUUUCUCUUAUAAUCCCAUGGGAAUAUCAAUAUAAAAGCUGGAUGUGGCUGAGCAAGUUGUAACAUGCCUUUUUUUUCCCCUGAUACUGCUAAACACUUCAAAGUCAACGUUUUUCCUCAUUUUGAUUGUACUCUGAAAUCAAGUCCUGCUCUUCACUUUUUAAUUACUUUCCCUUUUUUUUAAAUGAGGUUGUUAUAUUUCCAGUUUCAGACAGCAGCUGGAGGGAGGAAAGCCCUGUUUGGCAGCUCCCUCUUUCAAAAAGCAGCUCAAUAAAAUUACCUGCAGGUC